GGGGAACCAGGGCACCUCUUUCCUCCCACAGCCCAGGAGCAAGCAAGGUUUGGUCAAGGUGAGACGGUGCCGCUGGAGCCUUGGAGGAUUCCCUGUGCCGAGAGAGCCUGGCUGGAGCAGAUAAGCUCAGUGCAGGUUUUAAGUACAAGUGGAAGGCAGGUCUUUGAAAUACAGAAUGGCUACUCAUCAGCUGUUACAGACUAGGCAAAAGAAGUCCUCUAAGGAAUCAGUAUUGUUCCCCAACAAAAUUGCUACUGAGCAGCAGUCGGUGGUGCUGGUGAAGAGGCUCCUGGCCAUCUCUGUGUCCUGUAUAACCUACAUGAGAGGGCUCUUCCCGGAGAGCUCGUACGGAACUCGAUACUUGGAUGACCUCUGUCUAAAAAUUCUGCGAGAAGAUAAAAGCUGUUUGGGAUCACUGCAGAUAGUCAAGUGGAUCCAAGGCUGUUUUGAUGCUUUGGAGAGGCAAUAUUUGCACAUUGCUGUCCUCGCAAUUUACACCAAUCCCAAGGAACCGGAGACAGUGACUGAACUGUACCAGUUCAAAUUCAAGUACAAAAAGGAAGUGCCCCAGAUGGACAUCAUCAGCAACCAAGUGAACUUUGUGGAUGGGGCGUGCAGUGAGGAUGUUAAACAGGCCAGCAGGCUCCUGAUCCGGAAACUCUACCUGCUAAUGCAAAACCUUGGCCCACUUCCCAGUGAUGUUACCCUCACCAUGAAACUCCUCUACUACAAUGAUGUAACUCCUGACGAUUACCAGCCCCCUGGCUUUAAGGCGGAGGGCAGCCGUGGUGACCUGUUUUUCGAUGGUGAUCCUGUCAACCUGAGAGUAGGGUCAGUCUCCACUGGCUUCCACCUCAUCAAAGUGAGAGUGACAACUGAAAAGAAGAGAAUGAGGAAGGUUGAGAGCAGCCUGAUCGAGAGGAAUGGCCCUACUGAGAUCUCCCAUCAAGGGUUAGACUGUGAUGAAGAGGAAGAAGAGGGGACCACAAAGAGUCACCCUCUCCCUGCCAGAGCAGAUUCAAGUGAGCAUGAAGAGGACAAAAAUGUCAGACAGAAAAUGGAAGCAUCUUCUUACCUUCAAGAUACAGGUGGGAAGAAGAAGACUGGAGUCAAGGAGACGGGCAGGAUGUCUUGCUCAAGGCCAUCUCAGCAGAUUUUGGUCAGCUUUGUCUUCAUGUUGCAAACAUGUUGCUGUGGAAUGAAUUUGGAAUGAAACAGAACCAGAAGAUGAGUAAAAUCUGACCAUGUGGACGCCUCUGCAGACUUUAUCUCCCAUCAGGAAGCUGUGGGCUGAAGUUCUGGGGUGGUCCUUAGAGCACAGUCUCACUGCAGGGAGCCCUGAAUCGCCCCUGACUGAGCCUGCACCAGAGCUGGAAAUGGUGUGGCCAUAUCAGCACAGUACAAAUCAGCCUCCCAAGUUUCUGGCUUCGUUAGCUAGCACCAGAGACUGCUUGUGCUGCUGGACUGGCUGUGCUUAUGCUGCUAAACUGCUGUGGGACAUGAGGAAGUGUGUUGACACUUGGCAUUGUGUGUGGACAUACCACUUUGGAGCAGUGAUAGCUCAGGGAUCUCUGCAGUGCAACUCACUGUGUGCUGUAGGCCUGCUCCUGCCAUGAGGAUUAGCUCUUAACUGGAGCUGUCUGGAAGUCGGAUGUCUAGGGAGACAUUCAGACCUAACUGCUGUAAGUCAGCGUUGGUUUAGAUCUCAGAGGAGAGCCUGUCUGGCCUCCAGCUGCUGCUCUUCAUGCAGAUGACUUGGCUACCUGGCCACGUCCUUUCUCCCAGGGCCUGUGGCAGCAAGGGAAGCCAGUGUGACCAGAGUCCUUCACGGAUGACACUCUGCAAGUAAUAUCUGUUGUGUUUGCCAGUGAUCAGUGUCCCUGAUGGAGAUUCUUGUGCCUUUGGUGAGCUUCUGGGUUGUGCACAUCUUCCGUCUGAAGGUGAAGGUCAGCACAAGGGGUUCAGUUGCAGAGUUACAGCUUGGAGAUCAAGACCUUUGUUGUCUGAUCUUUCCCAGGCACACCACUGUUAAACUUGCCAUGACAGCAAGCAGUUGAAGGGUGAAGCCUGCCAUGUGCAGAGCAGUAGGAAAGCAUUUUUCUGUGGCAAUGUCAUUAUCUUGAACUUUUGCAGAAAACUAAAAAAAAAAUAGCAGCAAGGUUUAUCUGUAACUGCCUAUCAAGAGAGCUCUAUCUGAUGAGAAGUUCCCAGAACAUUUUCUCCUCCAACCCAGCUGAGGCUACACAGACCCAAAACAAUGAAGAGAGCAAGAUUCAGAGAUGAGCUUCCCUCUCUCCUUCCUGUGAGCUCAGGCCAUUCUGGGAGGAGUGAGACAGGGAGGUCAGGAAAUUCCUGGCUUCUCUCAAUUCACGUCAGAUCCUUAGCUGUAUCUUGGGGCCAUUCAUCCCUUGCAUGAGUUAUCCCUGUCUAGAGUGCAGGAAACACUUUCCUGGUGAUCUCCUCCCGCAGAGGUGAGGCCCGUCACCCUCUGCAUCCGGGGAGAGGUAACCCUUGUGCCUCACAUUCCCACCAGCUGCCCCAGGGACACCCGUGGGAAGCCGUGGCUGCCUUCACAUGCGUUCCUAAGGCCAUGCAAGCAACCAGAGCCUCGGGAGGGAUCUGCAUUGAUGAAUGCUGGACACAUCCAACAUCUCAGGAGGGACUAAGCUGGGUCGCAGCCUAGGAAGCAGGAGGAGUGUCUGCUGCUUUUCGCCUCCUCAGUUACAAUGCUGUAACCCUACUGGGGAAUGCUUCUGUUUUGGGAGGCAUGCUGGAUUGGGAUCUGGCAGUUGGCAUGUGCAGUUUGCAGUGGGAUUGAGGGCCCUGGAAGAGAUUGUGAGGAGAGAGAUUGAGAAAUGCUGGUUUUCAACAGUUAGUUUUGAU